AUUUCGUCACUGGAAAUAAGUACCUACAUAUCAACCUAGUCAGUCAAACAGUGGUGUUUUUAGACUAGUUCCGCCAUUAAAAUUGAGAAAAUCUUAUUGUUGUCAAUUAUAAGUUCAAUAAAUCACGUUGAUAAUGUCCAGUAGAUACUCAGUCUCGUGAAAUAUUUUUUGUUUGCGUUAAGUGUUUUUAAUGUAUCAUUUCCUGUUUCGUAUGGAACAGAAACAAGCCACUGCGACGGCUAUUGCUCCGUUUUCGUUAUCACGUGGGCCGAAUUUCGAAUUACGCCGCCUUGUUUGAUUCGUGAGGCCACGACUUCGUACUCCACAGAGAAGACAGUCCAAUACAGACAAUAGAGACCGGCAUAAUAAUCAAAGCGUCUUUGUUUUUGCAGAAGCGCGCCGAAUCGCUCGACUUCUGUCAUCGGUUUCUAUCGUAUCAUGGAACCGGCGGGAGACUGACGCUAUCUAUUGAAAAUCUUGUGCAAUGUGUCAGUGAAGUGCUAGUGGAUUGAGUGAAGUGUGGUGUUGUGCGGUGCAGUGUCGUUACAUAAGGGCGGUUAUGGUGGCGGGGCGGGCGGCGUGAGGGCCGGGCGGCGUCCGGCGGAGAGCGACGUGUCAUGGCCCCUGCGCUCCCGCUGGCGCCCCGAGACGAGCCCGACGGUCACGACUCCCUUCGGCGGCGGGCGCUCACGUCCGUCGAUAACAUAGCGAUACACAUGGAGGAAGAUGACAUGGGCCUCCCCAACCAGCCGAGCCUCGCGAAAGACUCUCAAGAGAUGGAACAGAUCCUUGUUGAUUUGGGUGGUAGUGACUUUAACCAUCCAGAUUUACUCCAGGCCAUAAAAACCCUUGAGAGUGGUGGUGAUGUAUUAUCUACCGGAGAGCCUGAUGCUAUUUUUCCUCUCUCUGGUUUUGAUUUGACUGAAGUAGUUGAUUCUGAGGGUGAUAGCAUAGAGGAUAAGAUAAAAGCUACUCAGGCACGUCUUGAACGCCGUUGUGCUUUCCUGCAGAGGAGGCUGAGAAUACUGCAAACUCGAUCCAUCGGGAAGAGAAUAUCUGAAGAAGUGGUCCAAACAUUUGAGAAAUGCACCCGCGGAGCUCGUAAGGACAGUGGAGGUCGACCAAUGGGCUUGAAAGCUUUUUUAAAACGAAUAGAAACAACUGCAGCAUUACAAGCAAGUGCUGCAUCAAAGACUGUGGUUGGGCCAAAGUAUUACAAUGCAGGAACAUCAAAAAGUGAUCCAUCCAAGUCUGCAUCGAUUGGUAUUCCACCGGGGACUCUGGCAGGCUUGGAUGAUACAGCAGCGGCCCUGAGAUCACAGCUAACAGCAGUGAAGUACCAGCUUGAUUCUGAUGCCACUGCAUCUUCAUCAGGGGCAGAGAGUAAUGAUGAAGUGGUGACUUACAAUAAUCCACAUCAACAGCAAAUGCCUAUAGAAAAACGGGCGCUCUGGUCGUGGCAGAGAGCACGGGCAUCGAUCGCCUCGCGCUGGUGCUGGCUUCAGGCGCAACUACAAGAACUCGAGUACAAGAUACGGCAGCAUAAUGAAUUGCACAAACAGGUGCGAGAAGCGAAAGGUGCAGUGGAAUUCGAAGGCGAGCCCGCGGCGUACGUGAGUUCGUUACCGGGCGAGCUACCUGAAGAUGACGACCCCGCCACGGAGACCUGUGCCAGAGUGCGACCUCUGCGACGGGACACCUUCAAGAAGAGGAAACUACUGCAGAUGCACAACUUGCAUUUGGCUACCCCGAAAGCCGCAAAACCUUCUGAUAUAAACUGCAGCUGCGUCCAGCCGAGCGAGAGCUGUCCGGUGUGCACGGGGCGAGCCGAGCCCGCGCUGGCGCCGCACUGCGCCGCGCUGUCCGCCCUCUCCGCGCCGCAGCGCCUCGCGCUCGCCGACCCGGCCUACCAUCCCGUGCUCAGUCACAUUAAAGACGCGACGGUGUCCCUGCACAUGUCGUCGCUGUGGUCCCGCGGCUGGAUGAGCGCGCGUCCGCCGCGCCCCGCCCGCGCGCCGCCCCCCGCCACGCACUCGCCGCCCAAGCAGCACCGCCGGCACACGACCAGAUUGAAAAGAGGCAGACCACCCUUAUCCAGGAAGAUAAGAGAAAGGGAUAGAGAUGAAGAAACCUCAAUGUCAAAUCAUGAAAGUUCCAGGUCGCGCGGUCGGCCCAGCACGGAGUCGCGGCGCCGCCAGUCCUACGACAUCGACAACAUCGUCAUCCCGCAGAGCGUCGCCGCCAGCACCCGCCCGCAGAUCCUCACCUACAAGGAGAUCAUCACGCCCAAGUGGCGAGUACUGGAGAUGCCGGAGACACGUAUGAAUAAUGGGGUUUCGAAAACGAAUAAUUCAAAUCGACUUUCUGUCGAAAGCGAGGACGAAGAUAUAUCGGACACGGCAGUGCAGGCGCGACACACGCGUGCUGAAACUCGCGAGAGAAGUCGCUGGGCGAGGAAGAACUCCAGACGAGCCGCCGCCGCCGCCACCGCCGCCGCCGCCACCACCGCCGCCGCCGCCACCACCGCCGCCACCGCGACCGACGCUCCGGCGGGGCCGACGUCGACGUCGCCGCGGCGGCAGGACCAGCUGCUGAGCCGAGACCAGAGCCCGGCGCCGGUCAUCACGCUACCUCCGCCACAGAGCCUCUCACCUAUAUUGGAGACAGUGAGACCAUACACGCCGCGACAUUUCCCUCUGCCGGACGAAGAUUACCACGAGAUGAUGUCCUCGAUGCCCGAAGGCUACCGCCACAGCAGCCCCGAGCCCAGCCCCCUCCCUCCGCCGCCCGUCGACGACGAGGAGACCAGCUCCUUGUCGCCCAUGUCGCCCAUCAUCUACGACGGAGACGAUCCUGACGACGCUGAAUGGGACCCGCACAGUGAUAAAACCGAGCGACGGAAAAAUGCUUUUAGGUGAAUUGUAAAUAUUAUGUUCCCUUAGAGUGUGGGCUCUUAGUGAUGUGCUACGAACGCGGUUGCAGACAUUUCGAUAUGUAAAUCGGUCGAUGUGGAAGAAUUAUUUAUGGAAUAAAUUUUGCCAAUUUUAUUUGCGAAAUGAAAGCGUUUUAUGAGUGAAUUUAGUUUGUUUUCGAUUAGAUUAAACUUCAAAACGUACCGAUAUUGUGUUAGCUGGCGGCUGAAUCUAGAAAUGGUAAAUAUAGUGAAAUUUACUGUGCACGUGAUCGAAGAUACAAAACCGGAUUAUUAACACAAAACAUGACAAUUUUAGUAUUUUCUGAGCUUCUCGCAAAUCGGUACAUGCUAUUAAAACAUUUUAUAGAUUUAAUCUCACGUUUAUUAUUUUCAUCAUUUUACAAUUGCUCUAAUAUUUCAAAAAUUUCACAGUCACCAUGGUCCAUGAUUAUAAAUACAUAAACACACGCACAAACGCAACAGACAGGUAGGCAACGGCUUGGCUCUGCCCCUGGCAUUGCUGAAGUCCAUGGGCGACGGUAACCACUCACCAUCAGGUGGGCCGUACGCUCGUCUGCCUACAAGGGCAAUAAAAAAAAAAAAGACGCGUUAAUUCGUAAAAAAAAAAUUAAAACAAAUAUCUUAAUUAUUAACUUAUUACUCGCGCGUCGAUAGCGGCAGCUGCUGAAGUGACCGUAUGACAAGGUUUAUGGGGUACGAAACCUCAUAAUAACAUAACACCUACAAUUAUAAGGAAUUACUUGAUUACUUGAUUGUCAGCUUCAGUGUCUAUUGAGCUAUCGGUCCACGCAAUGCUAAGCAAUUCAGACACAGAGAGGUCUUUGGCCGCCAGUAGAGAAAGAACUUACACACUGUUGUCAUUUAGAGUCAAUUAAUUUAUAAUUUUCUGGAACUAAAUAUGCUCAAAUUAUAUUUUGACUCCAAUGGCCUUUGGAUUUUGACAAUAACCCAGAGUUAUGUCUAAUCACAGUAAAAAAUUAGUAUUAUAGAAAUGCCUUUUGAGAAUGACUCACUGGUCAUUGAACUUGUGCUUUCAUUAUAUGCUGUGGUAGCUUUCUUUAUUGAAAGGUAUUUUGGUUAGAUACACUAAUAAUUGUUGUAUGAUUACAAUAACGAGUUUGAUUUGUUUUUUCUGAUUAAUCCACGUCAGUUAAUUUUUCCAAACCUGAAUUUUUGUUUAUUUUCACAUCAUUCAGUUCUCUUUCCAACACCAUUGGUUAUAACCACAUAACUUACUGGCUUAACAAAAAAAUAGUUUGUGUUUUUAUAAUUCUUAGUUGUUUAUUAAUUGGUAAAUAUAUUUUUAUUGCUUAUUUAAAUACAAAGCUUCAGAUUCAAGAUCCCAGACAUACCAACACUUUUAGUUUUUUUUUUUAGUCAAAAAAAUAGUUUGUGUUUUUAUAAUUCUUAGUUGUUUAUUAAUUGGUAAAUAUAUUUUUAUUGCUUAUUUAAAUACAAAGCUUCAGAUUCAAGAUCCCAGACAUACCAACACUUUUAGAUUUUUUUUUAGUCAAAAUUCCAUUUUCAACACUGCCAUAGGGAUGGCUAAUUUGAAUAAAAAGUUGCUGUCCAUGAAAUGUUAUAUUUUUGUUUAUUUCAUACCGUUUUCAUGUAUUUAAAAUGAUUCUCCUAAACAUUUAUGGAACAUUUAAAUUAGAUUUCAAUUUGUGUCUCUGAUCACUUAUUUAUCUAGUGAGUUGUAAAUAAAUAUAUGUUUUUGUGGAAUGAGUGUCUCGAAAGUUUGUUUUGAAAAAACGUUUUGUUACAUUCCCUAACUAUAUUAUUAGAUUUAAAAAAAAAAAACUUGGAAGAUGUUAUUCAACAAUGUACAAUAAAUUUUAAUGCAGUAGAAACGUACUGAUUUAGUAUUUGAUUUGUUUUUUUUUUCUGAAAUGUGUGUUCAUGAUAAUUUAGUUUAAGCGUUAGUUUAAGUAAAAAGUUGGCCCGUUGUUGCUGAGCGAUUGUAAAUAAAUUGUAUAAUACAGACUUAUAAUAAAAAAAAUAUAUAUAUUUGGGCACUGAAUAACAACAGACUGGUUUGUAAAUUAACUGAUUUGAAUCUCUAAGAGAGUUGUCAAACUGAAAUUAUUCACCACUAUUUUGUUAACACCAUGUAUUUAAGAAAUUAUUUAUUCAUGAGUAUCGCACAUUAAAAAAAUUAAGUGACAUAAUAUAAUAAAUUUUAUUGUCGUUUUUACCCAAUCAGAAAUAAUAGUCAGUUGUGGCAAUAAGUCUGCAUUAUGUUCUCAUCGUAGCUGUGGUAAAGGGAUAAAGUAUCAACUCUACCUUGUUAUUAAGGAGAGGAUUUGCAUUACGUAAAUAUAAGGUGGGUUGAUAUAACAUGUUUUAUUUUACAUUUUGCGGUUUUUAAAUCUAUAGUUCUUGCUUAAGAUAAUAGAUAAAAAAUAUUGUAUCUACAACUAAGUAUGAGCAUGAUGCAUACUUUAAACUGAACCGAAUAUGUAACGCCAACUUAUAUUCAGAAGGGAGCCAGUUGUAGAUUUUCCAUCGUGAAAUAGUUAUAAACAUAUUAUGUCGAAUAAACUGUGGCCAGAAUUGUACGUCAGCCAUGUUGGUCUUAUACACAGCUAACGUCGAAACUUGAGGAAUUCUGAAAUGAAAAUAAUAAACUUGAGAACCAGCAUCUCGCAAACCCAUUACCAAAUCAUUCAAAAAAUGUCAUGUAGGAAUGACAAAUGCCACCUAUUUUUUUAAGUGCGAUAUACCAUUUCCUUGGAUAUGUCUCGUCUUAAUGAAUGUUAACAUAAUCAAAGUACAAUAAAACUGAUGGCUAUGAAACAAUUUUGCAUUUCAUAAAUAUUAUAUAGAUGCUUUAAUUAUUAUUUUUCUGAAAUUACUGGGUUUCCUUCUUGUCAAUAUAAUUUACAUUUUGUAAUAUGUUUGAAAUAUAAUUUCCGAACCCGAGUUUAUAAAUUAAAAGAAUUGUAUAAACAGAUAAAAAAUGCCUUAUGUGAAGUAUUGAUUAGAAGUCUGCGAUUGUAAGGAAUAUACACUAAUGAAACAAUUCGCCCUACUUUUUUAAUACAAUAAAAUGAAAUAAUACUUUGUUUCUAUUUUCGUGAGAAGCCAAAGUCUUCUUUUAUGUAAUAAGUGUAGUUUAAGUUUUUUAAUGACGACUUGAGUCAACAUAGAAACGCUUAAGAAUUAAUUGUAUAGUGAAAAAUAAAACAUUGAAAAUUGAGAAACUA